UAUUCAAACGUAGAUGCCCGCGGCGAAAUGGAUUCCUCAACUCUUGUAUAUUCCCGUCGUCUCUAGAAACUCAAUACGUAACCAUUCGGAAUCUCCACUGGCUGUCUUUUAUAUAGUAUUUGCUUACAUGAUCUCUCUUUAAUGCUGUCAACGCUUCUUAACUCCUAUAAAUACUAUACAAUGCCUCCCCAAACUCCACAACUAAAACAAACUUAAAUCAAGAGCAAUUUUAAGUUAUACAAUGGGUGACACUGAAGGUUCUCCCGGAAGCUCGAUGCACGGAGUGACUGGCCGAGAGCCGGUUCUUGCAUUCGCGGUGGCAUCACCUGUUGUGCCAACGGAUACCACCGCGAAGUUUGAUCUUCCUGUGGAUUCGGAGCACAAGGCUAAAGUAUUUAAGCUUUUUUCCUUCGCUAAUCCUCAUAUGAGGACGUUUCAUUUAUCUUGGAUUUCUUUCUUCACUUGUUUCGUAUCUACUUUCGCGGCUGCUCCAUUAGUCCCUAUUAUUCGGGACAAUCUCAAUCUUACAAAAAGUGACAUUGGCAAUGCUGGUGUGGCUUCUGUUUCGGGGAGUAUUUUUUCCAGGCUUGUCAUGGGUGCAGUUUGUGAUCUCCUGGGACCGCGAUACGGGUGUGCUUUUGUGAUCAUGCUCACGGCUCCUACUGUGUUUUGCAUGUCUUUUGUUUCGUCUGCAAGCGGAUACAUUGCGGUUAGAUUCAUGAUUGGAUUCUCUCUGGCGACCUUUGUGACGUGCCAGUACUGGAUGAGUACUAUGUUUAAUAGUAAGAUUAUCGGGCUUGUUAAUGGAACUGCAGCUGGAUGGGGGAACAUGGGUGGUGGAGCUACUCAACUUAUAAUGCCUAUUCUCUUUGAAGUCAUCCAGAAAUUUGGGGCUACUCCGUUUACUGCAUGGCGGAUCGCCUUCUUUAUCCCUGGAUGGCUUCAUGUGAUCAUGGGGAUCAUGGUCUUAACUCUCGGCCAAGAUUUGCCUGAUGGGAAUCUCGGUGCUUUACAGAAGACUGGUGAGGUUUCAAAGGAUAAAUUUUCCAAGGUGUUAUGGUAUGCUGCAACCAAUUACAGAACAUGGGUAUUUGUCCUCCUCUACGGUUACUCUAUGGGAGUUGAAUUAUCCACCGAUAAUGUCAUUGCUGAAUACUUUUUUGACAGAUUUGAUCUAAAGCUCCACACAGCUGGAAUCAUUGCUGCUACAUUCGGUAUGGCUAAUUUUGCUGCACGACCAUUUGGCGGAUAUGUUUCUGAUCUAGCAGCCAAGAGAUUCGGAAUGAGGGGAAGACUCUGGACUCUAUGGAUUCUCCAGACGAUGGGCGGAAUUUUCUGUAUUCUCCUCGGACGUUCCAGAUCACUCCCUGUUGCCGUGGCCAUGAUGAUCAUAUUCUCUGUUGGGGCCCAAGCGGCUUGUGGAGCCACAUUUGGCAUCAUUCCUUUCAUAUCUCGACGAUCACUAGGCAUUAUUUCAGGAAUGACCGGUGCAGGAGGGAACUUCGGGUCCGGAUUAACUCAAUUACUGUUUUUCACAAGCUCUCAAUUCUCAACCGGGACUGGUUUGAGCUACAUGGGAAUCAUGAUUGUGUGCUGCACUUUGCCGGUGACCUUGGUCCAUUUUCCGCAAUGGGGUAGUAUGUUUCUACCGGCUACAAAAGAUGUGGUGAAAGGGAGUGAAGAGCAUUAUUAUACUUCGGAGUGGAGUGAGGAGGAGAUGAAGAAAGGUAUGCAUCAGGGGAGUGUUCGAUUUGCUGAGAACAGUAGGUCAGAGCGUGGUAGGCGUAUUGCUUCUGUGACAACUCCUCCGAAUCUGACCCCCGAUCAUGUUUGAAUAUAUAAUGAUGUAAUAUAAUUAUAAGUAUGGUGAAAUUUUGAAACUCAAAUCUGAUAGCAGCCUGUAUUUUGCAUUCUGAU